UCCUCAUAAAGGAUAAUGACUGCUUGAGUUCCACCUCACAUUGUCUCAGAGGGAUGCUCACCGGCAGCUAAUAAACAGACCUGGAAAAAUGUCACUGGCUACAUUCCCCAUCCCAACUCUGGAACAAAGACAGCGAUCUGAUGUACAGCUCAGCAGAGUAGGAGCAUCUGUUGGUGCCGCUGAAAUGUGUGCCCCACACGUAGAAGGGGAAGGAAAGAGAGGGAUUUCUCAUUAACAGCUUGUAUAAGACCUGGAUGUGCAUGGCACUUUCUCACUGCUCUUAAAGGCUGUCUGGUCUCCAAAGCUUGCCCCACUGAUGCAGUAACUGUGGUUCUCAGCUGAACACCUCCAAAUAAAGGCUGUGGGUGUGGCUCACUCCUCAUAUGUGGAUUUCAGCCAAGCCUGCAACACAGAGCCCUGCCCCCUGAGUCUCCCCCAUGCCUCGAUUCUGCCCUAGUCAUUCUCUUCUGGGUUUUAUGAGGCUAUUUAAGGAAUUAAGUUUCCCUCACUGAAACACAGAGAAGCAACAUGGACGAGAACAAUGGCCUCAAUGGAGAAAUUUCUGAUUGACAUGAGUGGAGAAGUUCCCUUGGGAACUUCAUGUGCCAUCAAAGUAGGAAAGCCCCAGGUCAUCUCUUACUCUUCCCAUUUACGUGCCAUGGCAAGAUGUGUUUAAGGUUCCCAUAGCCUUGCACUGUAAUUUGAUGCUCUGGGGAAAGCAGCCAUAUGGUUUAGACAUAGCAGGUUCCUCUUGGAGUUCACACAUUCCCAGCGUGGCACUAUCCACCAAAUGGUACAUUUAUUGUGUUUUUGCUCAAGACAGGGAACUUCUAGGAUCAGAACUGCUCCUUGGAACCCACUGACAGAUGAACCCAUCGGUUCUCUUGGUAGGUCAGAUGUUUCAUAAUUAGCCUAACUCACUGAUGAUCUGUUCAGCACUUAUGAUUAUUGCAGUGGCAUAAUAUUUCAACUGCGGGGGAAGCACUCCAGACAGCUCCUAAGCAGACCAGUCAGGCUGGGAAUGGCCGGCAGGGCUUCCUGUAUUAAGAGGAGAGAACCACUACAUCGUGCUUGGCCAUCCUCCUUGUCUCCAUCAUUAUACACUGCUCUAAAGACCUAAGGGAGAUGUGCCCAGGACAAGCGUGCGGUUCUUCUCAGUGAGGCUCCAUGGCCCAGCAAAGUAUGAAAGUGAGGCCUGUGCUCCUAAAGCGAAGCAGCCUUGAGUCUGUGGAGCUUGUGAAACAACCACACCACCGCCGGAGCAAAUCGCAGCAAGUGCGAUUCAAGGAAGAUGGCAACAUUAAGAAUCCAACUGGCGUGACCGAGGUCAACACCCAAACCCCGGAAGACCCAGGUGUAAUGGGGAAGACCCAGGCCUCCAGGCACCAUCAUCCUACCACCUACUCGCUGUCUUUCCCCAGGUCCCACAAGGCAGGAGGAUUCCGCAGCAUCUCUAUCCAGACCUCCCCCAGUCUCAGGAAGCAUUUCCCCGUUUUCAAAAGGAAGAAACUCACGACUAGCAAGUCCCUGGUGGAAAUGCCAACAGCAUCCCCAAGUGCCAUCCAGGUCAACGGCAACCUAUCUGAACAGGAUAUUGUGUCCUCUGACCUUGCCUUCCUGAGGCUGGCUCAGCAUCUUGAGGAUGGCCCUCGCAGGCUCAAAAUCCCCCACCCAUUACUCCCUAGGAUGCCCAAGGUGCAAAGCAAUGGGCCUGUCAGCUUCUGCUUAGAAUCUGGGACUUGGAUGUCCUCAGAGAAAGCCACAGCUGCCAUUCAGGUUCCAGAUGAUAUUUGUCACAGUCCAACCUGGGAAGCUAGAGAGUCGGCUCUCAGUCCAGAAAGUUCAGCUGAAGAGAGCAACUCUACACCUGCUUUGAUCUCCAUGUGUCCAGGGGAUGGUCAAAGAGCGAUGACGUCAGAGCUGGAAAGAAUGCCCCAAUGCUCAAAUACCAAUAGCAGUGCCAGUAAUAUGCCGGGCACAGAAAAACUCACACCCGAAUUGCUUUUGCCCAAAGACAACCCUGAUGACAAAGACCUUGGCCUUCCAUCAUCUCAGUCAAAGAAGAUGUGUGUUCCCUCACCACCACGGACUCACAGUUCACCUGAGCCAGGCUCCCAUAGCCAGCCAGUCCACCUAGGAAGAUCUUCUGAUUGCCCAGCAUCAGGUGACAAUCACCAGGACCUGGAGUCACUCAGAUGUAGCAGUGCAUCCAAGUCUGUCCCUGUGUGCUGGGAACAUGUGACAAAGCUCCCCAGCCAGUCAGACACCCCGGAGCUUCAGACUGGUGUUGGAAGUGAGCGCCUCCCUGCCUCGAUUCCAAGGCAGGAGAACAGAGCUCAGAGCAGCAGGGAGAUAGGUGGGGGUAAUCACAGUCACCUGGCGCAGGGAGAGCUCUGUGACCUCCAAGGCCGGCUGCAAUCAGUAGAGGAAUCGCUGCACUCAAACCAAGAGAAAAUUAAAGUCCUAUUGAAUGUGAUUCAGGAUCUGGAGAAAGCUCACGCUCUCACUGAAGGGCGGAACUUCUAUCGGACUGGCCAAGAUCUCAACAACUGCAGCACCUGCCAGAACACAGCAUGCAUCAUAUACAGUGUAGAGUAUGAUUUCCGACAGCAGGAAGGCAGGUUCCAUGAGGUUCUCCAGAGUCUGGAGGAGGCGGAGCCAGCUGAGGAAGCACCUUCGCCAUCCAAAUCCCCAGCAGAAGCCCCGGUCCCCGAGAAACAGGACUUACGGCGGAAGAGCAAGAAGGUGAAGAAGAAAUGUUUCUGGUGGAUAUGAGAAGAUUGGGGCUUCCUGCAUUCCUUCCUGAGAUGGGGGAUCCCCUCAAGACCUCCUUGAUCCUCUGCAAAAGCGCAGGCUGAGAUCCCCUUGCCCUGUGAGACAGGAGUGCCUCAGAGCCGGUACACCCCUGGACACCUGCUCACCAACCUUACCUGAGCGUGUGCCGCAGCUUGCAGAGGAUUUUGUGGACACUUGUGUGGCCACUUGUUACCGAGCUGCCUGUCCCUCACAGCCAGGCUUCCGUCCUCAUCUGCUAAGCUCAGAUUCCCACCAUAUGCUAAUGCUCACUGCACUCCCACCCCUUCCCUGGCAGCAAGCAUUUCCUUCCUACCCUGAGAUCCUCGACCCCAAAGGUACAGAAAUAAGCCUGUGUUGUGCAGUGCAGGAAGAGGAGGGUUGUGAGCAAGUAUCCUAGACAACAUCACACAAUAAGCUGGCAGGGUUCUAGGAUUUACCGUACCAAAAGCACAACAGAAAUGAGCAGAGCCUAACAAUGCCAGGUCCCCCUGAUUGUAUUAAGUUGUCCUCUUUUUCAUCUAGCUGUUAGAUUUCAAAUCCAGCAGCUGUGCAGCUGUCUUCUUGUAAAGUAUGGGGUGUGGCAGAGUAAGGUUGCCCAUGGGUAUUAGACACCUGUUGUGUGAUCUAUGUUACUGGAACUCAGGUGACUUUCAUAGCUGUAGUCUUUCUGGGGCCGCUUAAUUAUCAUAUGUUUCUGUAUACCCAGUGUGGGGUAAUUGAGAGGGGCUUUAUCGUUAGGGUCAUUUACCUGUUAGUGUUCAUUUACCUGUAACAUUAAGGGUCUUAAGACUCAGCAACUUGUAUGUCGGUAUACCUUAUCGAGUGACGUUAACAAGGCUUACCUACAAUAUAGCAUUUUUUUCUCAUCCAUGCAUCCUUGUGACAACCAUGUAGAUAGGCCCAAACAUGCUACUCUACAGUUACCCUUCCUGGUGACCAGGUUUCGGUCACCUGAUCUAGGAAGAAACAUGACCGAGAAUGAGGAUGGAAGCGCCUUCUUCCACAAAGUUUGAGCUCCUUAAGAUCUAGCUCGUUGUGUUGACAAGACCUCCACUCAUGGAUGUCCGGUCAAGCUUGGAUGCCAAGCAAACUCCCAAAGCAGUGUGAUUAAGUCAUUGCUACCUACAGGGGCUGAAUAGGAGGCAAGGCUUGGAUACCUCUGCAUUCAGUUCCAUGUUCUGCCAGCCUGUGAUUGGACUGACACUGCCAGAAAUGUGAUCCACAUUUAAGCAAAGAAAGCAUUUUAUAACCGCCCCCUUGCCAAAGAACCGGUGUCUGAGUGAGUCUCUGCUGUGUACGUGGGGUGUGUGUAGCCCACUGCCAAUUGAGGCUAAUUGAGCAAACCACCCCCAACAAUUUCACCUCCCUUGUCACAGUGCUGCGGUGCAAAAGCUAUUUCAGGGAGAGUGAGGAAAAUUUGGCAAGGAAUCUGGGCUUGCACUAUUUAAGUCUUGGGAUGUCAUUUGAGAUGUUCUCUCUCUGUUUCUAGUGUAAUGUUUAAACCCACAAAGUGAGACCAGAAUAUAGAAUGUCAAGUUAGAAUUAAGAUAAAUAUACUUGUCAUGCUUAAGAAACCACAUUUCAAUUAGAUAUGUUACCACUGGCCAAAAGCCACAGAUCUUUCUUUCUGUAUCCAUACACUCAACUCUCAGUUGGCCCCAGCAAUGGAAAAAAACACUACAGAGGAUAAUCCAAUAAAGCAAACUCAUUUGGGAUCUCUUAUAUAAUUUUAUCUUGCAGUGGGGCUUCCAUCUUAAUUUGUUUUGCUUACACUAAUUUCAAAUGAAUUUAUAUUCCAGAAUAUCAGGACGGGAUGAAAAUAUUCUUGCACUUAGAUCUCGGAGACUCGGGGAAAUAGAAUAGCCUUUUCACUAACCUGGAAAAGAUGGCAUAAUUGUGUCCUUUGUUGACUGGGCAGAAGAAUGACCAUGCCUCCUGGUUUCUAAGCUCUGUAAACCUCCUACCAGUGGAGGAGCACAGCUGUGAGAGCUAACUGCAGCCUUUGUACUGGGUAGCCUGGAGAAAUGGGGAGAUAUCUGGGGUAGCUCUUCUCUUUACACGUACAUGGCAAGGUAGGGACCUUACAUAAACUCUGAAGGAGAUAAAAUUAGGACUGAAAACUGUUACCAUUCCCUGAAAGAAAAAUCAACCCAGGUCAUGUGAUUUUAUACCAAAGCACAACACCACAUCGCACUGCUUAGGCCACACUAAUCUAUACCUGGAGAGGUUCCUUCUGGUAAUUGAAUCCUGAACAUCAGUAUUGGGAGAAAGGAUUGAUAAACACCAGCCUUCUGAAGAGAAAGGGUCAUCACUACAUUAAAUAAAAAACGUACUCAUAUAUACCAAAACUCUCUAGUCUGUUACUCAUGCUGAGUAGCAAUGCUUCUUUGUAAAAUAGUAUGUCAUAUGAUAUUCUACAGAAAUGUUAUACUUGAGGUUAUAUGGUUUUAUGGAAAGAGAUUCAUUUAGCAAAACUUACUUUUAUGAAAUGGAAGGAGAAAGGACUGAUGGGUCUGUUUAAAUUGCAGGGGUUUAAUGUAUCUGCUCCCUCUAUCGUUAAAACACUCAGCAUCCCUGACUUAAUGCCAGCUCAUCUGUAGAGCGCCUUCUUGAAGACAAUGUAUCACUGUAAGGUUUUGUAAAUUUCUAAACUGUUUUAAAUGGGAUAUUAUCUUUUGCAAUAAACUUAAGUAUUUUUCCUA